AUGGACAUCAACCUCCUUCUUGAACCUCGUGGUUCCGAGUCCCCGGCAAGCAAGAAGAGCUCAGCCUCAGUAGCUUCCAACUCAACUGCAGCGAGAACAUACACAACAGCCCCCUCGGCAUACAGCACAUCCCCGGCACAUGGAGCGUCACCCGCAUAUAUCAGUGGUUCACCUUCAUAUGCAACAGCGUCGCCUUAUGGUCCAAACCCCAUUUACCCAGCCCAGGCACCAACAUCAGCGCCUUCAGUCCCGGGAGCAAUGCUGGGUGGACCUGUGCUUCCAGCAAUCUCAGAGCUCCAGCGACACCCGGAUCCCUCGUCUCACCCUCAAUUUCGUCAGCUCUAUACCGGGCCUCCUGGUCCUGGAUCUAUUCACCACGGCCCAUCUGGCUCGAAUCGAUCUCCACCCCACCAAGUUAUUAAGAGACAAGCUUCUCAGACCCCUCUCCCAGACGAAAGUCCAGCUAAGAAACAGUCGAAAUGGACGCCCGAAGAAGACAAUCUUACCAUCGAGUUGCGUGGGCAAGGCAUGAAAUGGGACGAUAUCGCAAAACGCCUUCCCGGACGAAGCUCCAUCUCCUGCCGACUGCGCUACCAGAACUACUUGGAAAAGCGAGCUAUCUGGGACGAGGAAAAGAAGAACAAGCUGGCGAGGCUAUAUGCUCGCUUCAAGGACCAAAUGUGGCAGAAGGUGGCCACAGAGAUGGGUAUCCCUUGGCGAUCGGCUGAGUCUAUGCACUGGCAGCUGGGCGAGCAAGAGAUGAGCGCGCGCGCUAAUGCUCCGGUCUUCCAACUCCACCCGUCUGCGACAUCGAACAGCUCUCCUUCUCCAAACGCCGCUAUACCCGCACCCGUACCCGCGCCUACCUCGCACGGCUUUACGCCUGCAAACGCUGGGCAGUUGAUGCAUAAUCCUCCACCAGUAUCUGCGCAGCAAUACCAGUCCACUCCUCCGCCUUCACAACAAGGUCCAGUCCAGUCUUUUCACCAACGUACCGACAGCGGGUCGAGCCAGGGCCGACGUAGGAACGACUCGUUUAGCCGCCGACGCGCAAACACAUUUUCAAGAUCCAGUGUCCCACCUCAGCUCAGCCAUCCCCUGCCGCAAAUACACCCUGCUUCUGUGGAAGAUCUCGUGAGUGGGGCAAGGACAGCACCUGCACCAAUGAUGCAGUCCGACAUCAAGAGAGAGGGCUUCAGUUACAUUGAACCAUAUCAAAAGAGGUGGGAGGGUGGUGCCACAGGCCCGUCUCGGUCUGAUCUAGAUACACGCAGUCAGGGUGGCCGAAGUCCGGACAGACUAUCACAGCAUAGUGCGACGGGCAGCAUCAAGAGCUUCAAGAGAGAGUCCGGCGAGUUUGAGCGACCGGCCACGACUGCUCUACCUUCGCCGCCUGUUCCUGUAGCUCCCUGA